CUCCCAGGUCUUCCAGUCACUUUGACAUAGACACGAGCCUAAAAUGAAGACUGUGUGUAUCGUUCUCGUAGCUGUGGCGUAUUUAGGGGCAACCGUCUCCGCCUGCUCCUCAAACAGCGAGUGUGACGAUAACGAAUGCUGUGUGUUAAGUUUAUUCUCUGUGUUUGGUCGAGACGGGGACUGCCACGCCAAACUGAAGGAGGGAGCCGACUGCCAUGUCGGGGUCUUCGAUCCUCUCUUCGGUUUACGGGAGAAGGAGUGCGGGUGUGAGGCGGGGCUGAGGUGUUUGCAAAUAACGAGCGGGGGCUUCUUCAGCAGCGGGGAACACAGGUGCGUCAGGCCGAGCACCGUCGCGCCAUCUACAGGCAUCCCGUCCCCUAUACCGGGCCCAAGUACCCCACCAACUGCAUAA